AUGGGACUUUUUGAGUGGCUUGUGAUGCCAUUUGGUCUCGCCAAUGCUCCUGCCACUUUCAUGCGAUUGAUGCAUGAGCAUAACAAUUUGUAUGCCAACUUUUCCAAGUGUUCUUUUGGUGAGACAUCUAUCUCUUAUCUUGGGUAUAUCAUUGAUGCACAUGGUGUUCAAGUGGAUCCUGUGAAAGUGGAAGUUCUUUUCAAGUGGCCUACUCCUUCAAAUAUCACUGAAUUGAGGAGUUUUCUUGGUCUUGCCAACUUCUACCACAAGUUUAUUCUACAUUACUCAAACAUUGCCACACCUUUGCACCAAUUAGCAAAGGCCAGUGUUGCAUUCAAGUGGACAAAAAUUCACUCUCGUGCUUUCAACACAUUGAAAGAAAAAUUAUGUUCAACACAUGUUCUUGUUCAACUAGAUCUCUCACAACCUUUUGAGAUUGAGACAUAUGCUUCACAGUAUGCACUUGGAGCUGUUUUGAAGCAAAAUGGUCAUCCUGUGGCCUAUCAUUUAGAAAAAAUUUCUUCUGCUAAAAGGAACUACUCCACAUAUGAUAAGGAAUUAUAUGCAUUGGUCAAAGCCAUCAAGUAUUGGAGGCAUUAUCUUUUGGGGAAAGAAACUGUUGUUCACACUGAUCACUUGCCUCUACAAUUUCUUCAAUCUUAG